CCAGCGUGCCUGGCGACCCCAAAGGAAGUCACGCGGGAGCCGAGGAGGGCGGGGUUCCGGUGGCGUGCUCAGCGCCCUUGCCAGUGCUGACUCUCUCUUCCGUUCUGUUGGCAGCAGCAAAGAUGAAGCUAUGGGUCUUCUUGGUGCUGGCCCUGGUGUCCUCCGUCUAUGGUGAGGAAGGGGCCAGGCUCUUGGCGUCCAAGUCGCUGCUGAACAGAUACGCCGUAGAGGGCAGAGACCUCACCUUGCAGUACAACAUCUACAAUGUUGGCUCCAGUGCUGCCUUAGAGGUGGAGCUGUCAGAUGAUUCGUUCCCCCCAGAAGACUUCGGCAUCGUUUCCGGGAUGCUCAAUGUCAAGUGGGAUAGAAUUGCGCCCGCCAGCAACGUCUCCCACACGGUGGUCCUGAGGCCCCUGAAAGCCGGCUACUUCAACUUCACCUCGGCCACCAUCACGUACCUGGCGCAGGAGGGGGGCCUUGUGGUGGUUGGCUUCACCAGUGCGCCAGGACAGGGCGGGAUCCUGGCCCAGCGAGAGUUCGACAGGAGGUUCUCCCCACACUUUGCUCAGCAGGGAGGUGAUUCUCCGGAGCCGGUUAAAGCCUUCAGGGACACCAGCCGGCCUUUCCCUUCCUGGGCACCGGAAGGCGCGACGCUUGUGAGGGGGAAAGGGGCUUCUCUUCUGGGCCGUGGCCCACUUCAUCAAGUGCAGGUGACGGCUAGGAGAGUGAGGAGGAGGGAAGGCCCCACCCAUGACUGUGCAGAGGGAUCAGACUGAAAAAGAGGGAACAACAGAAGGAAAACCUUAAGCAGUGGAGAAGAACAAGAAGGGACCUUCUGCUUCCCAGCAGGGUGGCAUCUAUAAAACAAUAAUCUGAAAAAUAUCAGGGGAAAGAAGUCCCUGCCCUGAGAAUAGCAAAAUCUUCCGUUCCGAACCAAGCUUUCAAUCACAAUGGGAAAUGAACACAAGGGGGAAACCCCAUAACUGCCUGGAGUGUGGAAAGAGCUUCAGCACCAGUGGAAAUCUUAAAAUCAGCAUCAAAGAACCCGCACUGUGUAGAAACCAUAUAUGUGUUCGGAGGAUGGAAAGAGCUCCAGCCACAACGGGAAUCCUACUAAACCUCAAAGUACCCACAGUGGAAAUAGUGAAGGAAUGGGGAUUUCUGUUUUAGAAUUUCAAUUGGAAGUAAAGGAACCAUUUGCAGUUUGAAGGAUUUCAAUUAGCCAUUUUAUUUUAUAAUGGCCAUAUACGGUAAGCCCACUUCCAAAGGUGCCUCUUCUUGGCCCAGUUAGCAGGGAUGGUUCCACCAAAGGGCACCACCAGAGGGUCUGAAGAUGGUUCCCUGCCCCAAAGGGGCUUACAGUCUUGAAAGAGGCAGGGGGAAGGGGGGGCAGCAUCCCCAGAGCCCUCCACGUGGCUUGUUGUUGCUGAAACCAAGAGCAGGCCUGGCUCCAGGCCCCCCUUGGCUCCCUGGCUUCUUCUGACUUGUAGGGCAGGACAGGGGGGCUAUUAUGGCUGAAGCCACUGGAGAGCUGGUCAGCCUGUGUGCAAAUUAUUUCCAACACCUGAAAAGAAAGAGCCAUUGGAGGGAGGCUGUGCUGGGGACGGAUAGGGCCAGUGGCUCUCCCUACUAAAUGUCAGAGAAUCGCCACUUUCAAAGGUGCCUCUUUCCCCUCAUUUCGCAGGGAAUGAGAAGUGCUUCAGUGAUCUUCUCUAUCAUGCCACAGUGAAGCCAUCCCAUCUCUCCCCUAGUCUGGCCCGCCUCACAGGGAUAUUGUGAGGAUAAAAAAUGAGAUAUCUCUUCCUAAGCAUAGGAAGGCACCUGUGCAUGAUAUAUUAAAACCAGCAUAGACUCCUUUCCCCCAAAAGGGAAAACACAUCAAGGAAGAAAUGGUUCACACGGAUGGUUCAGAAAUUUGUUCAGACGGAAAAAGAGAGAACAGAGAAGCAAAACCUGCAGCAAAAGAGAAGAACAAGGAGAGACCUUCUGCUUCCCAGUUGGGUGACAUCUAUAAAACCAGAAUCCAAAAAACAAGAGGGAAAGAAGUCCCUGCCCUGCAAGUAGGAAAAACUUCAGUUCUGAACCAAGCUUUCAGCCUCAGUGCAAAAUGGACGCAGGGAAGCAACCAUAUAAAUGCUUGGAGUGUGGUUUAGUGGGAGCGACUACCUCAAUUUACAUCAAAUGACUCACACUGGAGAGAAACCUUUUAAAUGCUUGGAGUGUGGAAAGAGCUUCAGCAGGAGUGGAAAUCUUAAUUGGCAUCAAAGAACCCACACUGUGUAGAAACCAUAUACGUGCUCAGAGAGUGGAAAGAGCUUCAGCCAGAACGGGAAUCCUACUAAACCUCAAAGUACCCACAGUGGAAAUGGUGAAGAAAUGGGGAUUUCUGUUUUAGAAUUUCACUUGGAAGUAAAGGAACCAUUUGCAACUUGAAGGAUUUCAAUUAAAACAUUAGCCAUUUAAUUGUCUAAUGGCCAUAUAUGGUAAGCUUGAAUCACAGUACAUUUGAAUCUGAAUGGAUCUUCUGCUUUCUUCUGUUUUCUUUCUUCUGCUUUCUUUUUUUUUGGAUGUAUCCUUGAGUGUUUAAAAUCCCUUGAGAGCAAUAAAAGUGAAAAGGAUUAA